AACGCCGCUCCGGCUACCCGCAGAAGCCAUCUCCGGGCUUUGGGUUUCAUUGUUGUCGUCUGCGGGGUUGGGAGAGAUCGUCCUUGUCCAGACAGCCCGCUUCAACCCCCUGUACCCCUCGCCGCGGGCGCUGAGUGAGUGGGGUCUGCUCCCCUCCCUCCGGCUGUCUGGUGCGACGGCGCCAGAGAGCGGCUGCUGCGCUGCUGGCGGCUUCGCACGGCAGGGGAGUAAACCCCUUUCGUGUGCGGGGUGUGAGCGGCUGCACGGGGGAACGAGUGACAUCAAACUCGGAAAAGCGACUCGAAAAGCGGCUUUGUCCUGCAGGAAAAACAAAAUGAAGGAACUGGUGUCAAACAGUACAACCAGUAUAUCUCAAGCCAGGAAAGCUGUGGAGCAAUUAAAAAUGGAAGCAUACAUGGAUAGGAUGAAGGUAUCCAAGGCUGCAGCAGAUUUACUGGCAUAUUGUGAUGCUCAUAUUGGAGAAGAUCCCCUUAUUAUUCCAGUGCCUGCAUCUGAAAAUCCCUUCAGGGAGAAGAAACUCUUUUGUACUAUCCUCUGAGUGGGUUUUCAAUUAAAAAUAUCUUCUGCUAAAAUUUGGUGUCAAUGUUGCAUGCUUUUAGUUUUAGCACUUUUUUCUUCAGAUAACAAUACUUAGACUAUAACAACACUAUUUUUAGAGG